UUUUACAAUCGGAGCGGGACACCAAAUUGAGAUUGUGACAGGUAAAAUAUUGAUUGCGUCAUCGUGCCUUUCAUGACGUGAACAAAAGAAACAAACAAACGAUGACUGGAAUGGAAUUACUUUUGUAACCAGAUACAGAUGACGACAAAGAAAAAUACGAACUUGUGACCCCCUGCGCCAUUCAUCAAAUUGACCCUUGUGUUUAUUUUCAAAACUCUUUCUAUCGUGCCAAGAUGACACCAAAAGCACCGGCGUACACGAAAGUAGCAAUUGGUUUCAAGGAAGUACGCUGCUAAAUUUAGCGUAGGUUGUUACUGCGACGGCGUCUUUAUUGCAUUCGUACGUUUUGCUCUGCUGAAUGGAGGUCUCGUUUGUACUCGUCAAUUAGCCGAUAUACUCAGGCACUUCCGGUGCUUUUUUUCUUCUCCAAAUAAGAUGAUCUGCAAUGUUGUAAAAUGAUCUUGAAUUGUACAACAGGGAUAAAUAAAGUUUUCUAAAUGUGAAUCUAAAAUGAUUGGAAAGUGUUUGGAGACUCAUAGUUUGUGGUAUAUUCAUGGUUUAAACGUUUCGCUCUAACUCCUCUCGUUUACGAUUGUGGAUCCGCUUCCACUGCGACGACAUUAAUGUCUUUCUCUCUUGCCAUCCAGACCAUCGAGUUUGACGACGGCGCAGGCGCCGUGCUGAGGAUCCAGCCUCUCAGAGCACCUCGAGACGAGAACAUCUACGAGUGUGUCGCGCGUAACAGCGCAGGAGAGCUGUCAGUCACGGCAAAGCUGGCCAUUAUCAGAGAGGACCUGUUGCCAUUUGGCUUCCCGAGUAUCGAUAUGGGCCCCCAGUUGAAGGUGGUGGAGCGCACAAGGACGGCCACCAUGCUGUGUGCCGCCAGUGGCAUCCCCGACCCGGAGAUUUCCUGGUUCAAGGACUUUCUGCCUGUUGAACCCAGCACCAGUCAAGGCCGCAUCAAACAGCUCCGAUCAGGAGCUCUCCAGAUCGAGAACAGCGAGGAAACCGACCAAGGGAAGUACGAGUGCGUGGCCACAAAUUCUCAAGGUGUGCGCUACUCCUCGCCAGCCAACCUCUACGUGCGAGGAGCGACAGACACAUUGCGCCGCGUCCCCCCUCGUUUCUCCAUUCUCCCCUCCAACCACGAAAUCAUGCCGGGAGGGAGCGUCAACAUCACCUGCGUGGCGGUGGGCUCCCCGAUGCCCUACGUCAAAUGGAUGGUGUCCAGCGAGGACCUGACCCCCGAGGACGAGAUGCCCAUCGGUCGGAACGUGCUGGAGCUCAAUGGCGUGCGAGAGUCGGCCAACUACACGUGCGUGGCCAUGAGUAGCCUGGGUAUCAUCGAGGCCACGGCUCAAGUCUUAGUCAAGACUUUGCCAAAGCCUCCGGGCACUCCCAUCGUCACGGAAACCACAGCCACCAGCGUGACCAUCACGUGGGACUCCGGUAACCCCGACCCGGUCUCGUACUACAUCAUCCAGUACCGCGCCAAAGGGCCAGACAGCAAGUAUGAGACGGUAGACAGCAUCACCACCACCCGCUACAGCAUCGGUGGGCUGUACCCCAACACCGAGUACGAGAUCCGAGUGUCAGCCUUCAACAGCAUUGGCCAGGGCCCCCCCUCUGUACGAGUGGACGCCCGGACGGGAGAGCAAGCCCCGGCCAGCCCGCCGCGAAAUGUCCAAGCGCACAUUAUUUCGCAGAACACAGUGAUGGUCCGCUGGGAGGAACCGGAGGAGCCAAAUGGGCAGGUGAAAGGCUAUCGCGUGUACUACACCAUGGACCCGUCCCGGCCGAUGAAUGAGUGGAAGAUCCAUAAUGUCCAGGACAGUGUGAUCACCACCAUACAAAGCUUGGUGACCUCCGAGACGUACACCCUCCAAGUCCUGGCCUUCACCUCAGUCGGGGACGGGCCCUUCUCUGACCCGGUCCACGUUAAAGUCAUGCCAGGAGUUCCAGGACAACCGGGGAAGUUUAAAAUCGGGAGGGUGACUGACACCAGCAUUGAGCUGACCUGGGAGCCGGCGUACACCAAGGAGGGCAUCAUCAAUUACGAGCUCCUUUACAAACCUGUCAAGUAUGGCAGUUUGGAGAAGCUGACCUUUGGCCCGCGAAACUCCUACACGGUGGAGGGUCUGAAAGCCAACACAGACUAUUCCUUCUCCCUGGCAGCCAUCUCCAACAAAGGCAUCGGUGCUUUCACCAAUGAACUGGUGCAGAGGACAUCACAAGCCAAGCCCUCAGCCGCACCCGAGGGUGUCUCCUGCGAGAGUGCCAGCUCCACCUCGCUGAGAGUUAGUUGGAGGCCGCCUCCACUGGAAGGCCAGAAUGGCGAGUUGGCAGGUUAUGAGCUGAGGUACCGCAAGGUUUCUGGGGCAGGAGGCAAAGGUCAGGGCCAGGAGGUGUCCGGGCUCCCUAUCUCGGCCCGGCAGGCAGACACACUAGUAGAGGGCCUGGAGAAAUGGAGCUGGUACAACAUCACCAUGGCAGCCUCUACUUCUGAGGGAACUGGACCCAACAGCUUGCCUGUACUCUGCAGAACAGAUGAGGAUGUUCCCAGCGCAGCCCCUCGUCACAUUGAUGUCAAUCCUAUCAAUUCCUCCGCACUUCGGAUCACUUGGCGGUCUGUGUUGCCAAGGUUACGUCAAGGUCAGAUCCGCGGUUACCAGGUGCACUACAGCCGUGUUGGCGGCGGCGAAUCCCGAAAUCUUCCUUGGAUAAAAGAUAUCCUCCUGGAUGAGUCUCAGAUGGAAGAGGAUGAUUCCACUCAGUAUGAGAUGAUCUUGGGAGGCCUAAAAGCAGAGACUUUGUAUUCCGUCUCAGUGGCAGCAUAUACCACCAAAGGUGACGGAGCACAUAGCAAAGCCAAGCUGGUGAAGACCUCAGGGUUGGUACCCGGCCCUCCCUGUUUGUGGGCACAUUUGGGAUUAGGUCCAUCAGUGGUGCUUCGAUGGGCUCCUCCACCGGAAUGCGCAGCGUCAGGCUCUGAUGGCCAGGGGCUCCCUUUGGAAAUUCAAGGCUACCGCCUCCAGUUUGGCCUGAAGAAUGCCUCCCUGGAGACCACGAUAGAUUUCACAAAAGAGAGAAACUUCACCGUCAUAAACCUCUCCCCGGGCUCCACCUACGUCUUUGUGCUCUCCGCAAAGAGCCGAGCGGGCUACGGAGAUGUAGUGCGGAGGGAAAUAAGCGUACCCGUCAUCCCACCCUCAGGAUACCCCAAAAUAUCUGACUUUGUUAACGCCACUUGCUGCUCCCUCCAGUUCUCCUGGCUCCCUCCUGACCAAGAGGAGAGCAAUGGCGUCAUCACAGAGUACAACAUAGCUUACAAAGAGACUGCAGGCUCCAAACCCUCAAGCGUUCCAGGCCCCUUUUCAUUACCCGCCCUCCGCGCUCCCCCACGUGUGGUCACGCUGCCGGCGAGCCAAUCUCGCUACACAAUCCUGGGCCUCAAUCACAGCACAGCUUAUGAAGUUCAGCUCAGAGCCCACAACAAGGCAGGGCCCGGCCCCUUCAGCCCCCCUCUGCUGUGCCGAACCGUGGCCUUUGAAACAGGUAGAGUUGGCCUUCAGAUGCUGGAAACACCCUCUAACCAAGCACCGCUUCGACUUCACAUCUCCCCCUGCUGUGGAAGUCACGCCAAAAAACAAGAUACUGAAAACAAGUCGGAGGAGGGCGAGCAACCCUUCAAUCUCUUCCACUCACUCACUUACCUCCAUCACCAACCCUUCACCAAUGGAAAAAGGCUGAAUGUUAAUGGCUGUUUGCUUCAAGAGCACCGCUUAUCACAUUCCCUCAGACGUGCCAAGGAAUUUUUCAGUCAAUCUGGCCACGAGGACGAGUGUUCUUCUGACGUGGGAGUUUCCCGAAAGCAGCAACCCGUGGAGUACAAUCGGCAAAAGAUGGAGGUGGAUGCUCGCCUGAAGAAGGCCGUCAUCCCAAACCUUCAGCCCGACACCAGCUACGACUUCAAGAUCACCGCUCCCGAAGGCAACAUGGGCGGCCUUCGCCACCGCAUCACCGCCAAAACGUCCCCUCCGAUCGCCAUCCGCCGCCCAGAGGUCGAUCACACCCGGGACACGGAGACCACAGUCACUAUCAUUCUGCCAUCCCUGGAGUCUCGAACGCCUGUCAAAAUUGUUAGUCAUGUUGGGAUGCAUCAUUUCUCUCCUCCUCUUUGCCGCCCCAUGUCUCAGCUGUUAAAAGACAUCAGUCAAAAACAGAGGGACUCUCGUCAGCAGAAGCAGGUGGACCUGCGCCGCGCUUACAUCACAGCCCGCUUCACACCUGCCACCCUACCAGCCUUCUUUACCCUGGGGGACCAGCUGGACUACGGAGGCUUCGAGAACCGCGCAUUAGAGCCCGGGCAGGAAUACGUCUUCUUCAUCCUGGCUGAACUCAACUCUACAACCGGGAAGAUGUACGUAGCCAGUCCUUACACGGAUCCGGUGAUCGCCCCGGAUUCAGACCCCCAACCUCUGGAUGCGGGUGACGGUCUCAUCUGGGUGGUGGGACCGGUACUCGCAGUGGUUUUCAUCAUCUGCAUCGUCAUCGCUAUUUUACUCUACAAGAACAAGCGCAAGGAGUCUGAGCCAGGAACCAAAAGUCUUCUGAGUAAUGCCGAGAUGAUGGCCCAUCACCCAACAGACCCCGUGGAGAUGAGACGAAUUAACUUCCAGACUCCAGGGAUGAUGAGCCAUCCUCCCAUUCCCAUCAGCGAGCUGGCUGAGCAUAUCGAGCUGAUGAAAGCCAACGACAAUCUCCGACUUUCCCAGGAAUACGAGUCCAUUGACCCCGGGCAGCAAUUCACUUGGGAGCAUUCCAACUUGGAGGUCAACAAGCCCAAAAACCGCUAUGCUAAUGUGAUAGCGUACGACCACACCAGAGUCAUCCUGGCACCCAUAGAAGGCGUCCUGGGAAGCGACUACAUCAACGCCAAUUACAUUGACGGCUACAGAAAGCAGAAUGCCUACAUCGCCACCCAGGGGCCACUGGCUGAGACAUUUGGUGACUUCUGGAGAAUGGUGUGGGAGCAGCGGGCGGCCUCUGUUGUCAUGAUGACACGCUUGGAGGAGAAAUCGCGGAUAAAGUGUGACCAGUACUGGCCUAGUCGGGGCACAGACACAUAUGGGACAAUCCAGGUAACCCUGCUGGACACCAUGGAACUGGCAACAUUCUGCGUCCGCACCUUCUCCCUCCAUAAGAGUGGCAGCAGUGAACGACGAGAGGUCCGUCAGUUCCAGUUUACCGCCUGGCCAGAUCACGGCGUUCCGGAGUACCCGACCCCAUUCCUCAACUUCCUGCGACGGGUCAAGGCCUGCAACCCUCCGGAUGCCGGGCCCAUUAUCGCGCACUGCAGCGCCGGCGUCGGCCGCACCGGCUGCUUCAUCGUCAUCGACGCCAUGCUGGAGCGCAUCCGACACGAGCGUACCACCGACAUCUACGGUCACGUCACACUGAUGCGUUCCCAGAGGAACUACAUGGUACAAACCGAGGACCAGUACAGCUUCAUCCAUGAGGCGCUGCUGGAGGCCGUGGCCUGCGGGAACACCGAGGUGGCCGCCAGGAGUCUCUACUCGUACAUGCAGAAGCUGGCGAAGGUGGAGAGCGGCGAGCAUGUCACUGGCAUGGAGCUGGAGUUUAAACGACUGGCCAACACCAAAGCCCACACGUCCCGCUUUGUCACAGCCAACCUCCCCUGCAACAAGUUCAAGAAUCGGCUCGUCAACAUCAUGCCCUACGAGACCACCCGUGUGUGUCUCCAGCCAAUCAGAGGCCUGGAGGGAUCUGACUACAUAAACGCCAGCUACAUUGACGGUUACAGGCAGCAGAAAGGCUACAUCGCCACCCAGGGUCCACUGGCAGAGACCACAGAAGACUUUUGGAGGAUGCUGUGGGAGCACAACUCAACUAUUGUGGUCAUGCUCACGAAACUGAGGGAGAUGGGCCGGGAGAAGUGUCACCAGUACUGGCCGGCUGAACGCUCCGCCAGGUACCAGUACUUUGUGGUGGACCCCAUGGCCGAGUACAACAUGCCCCAGUACAUCCUGCGGGAAUUCAAAGUAACAGAUGCCAGGGACGGCCAAUCGCGAACAGUCCGUCAGUUCCAGUUCACUGACUGGCCCGAGCAAGGUGUGCCCAAAUCCGGUGAAGGCUUCAUCGAUUUCAUUGGCCAAGUGCACAAAACGAAGGAGCAAUUUGGCCAGGAUGGACCGAUCAGUGUUCAUUGCAGUGCUGGCGUGGGUCGCACGGGGGUCUUCAUCACUCUGAGCAUCGUGCUGGAGAGGAUGCGCUACGAAGGGGCAGUGGACAUUUUCCAGACUGUCAAAAUGCUGCGGACACAGAGACCAGCCAUGGUGCAGACUGAGGAUGAGUACCAGUUCUGCUACCAGGCCGCUCUGGAGUAUUUGGGUAGCUUCGACCACUAUGCAACAUAAUCGACGACACGACGGCAAAGAAGGAGCAAAAGACAAAGAGGAAAGAUCUACACUAACAAGGACAAGAACAAAAAAAAGAUG